AUGGAUUUUUAUGAAGGUAAUAAUUUACAUACUUAUGUUAUGGAUCUCGUUUUUCCUAAGGUCUACAGAAUGAUCAGUAAUAUUGCCCAUGAAAGUGCGUUUAAAAUUGAAACUGCUGUUUUAUCUACUUGUGCUAAUCUGAAACGCCCUGCUCCUUGCCCACCCUUAUAUUGGUUAUCAAAAGAUUCUUUUGUUCUUUCCCGUGCCACCAAGAAGCUGAAGAAAUGA